AUGACAUCCACUGGCCCCGAAGGUCCAGGCAAGUUCCACCGUGACCUGCUCCAUACAACUACCUGGCAUGGCGGGUCAAACCCGGAAGAUUUCAAAAACUACCUACUCCUGGAAAUUGUAGUCAACAAAAGCGUCGAUGAAGUUUUCGGGUCAUCGGGAAAGGACCCAGUACUUCCCAGCACAGGAAAUCCUCGUGCCGAAAGACAGACCAUCCAAUAUGCGAGUCGGACCUACUCCCGGUGGCGAGAUCUAUGGUGCGGUGUUGGGCCCAGAAGCACCCAGAUGAGCCGCGCCGACAUCCUUUACGGCAAUGGAGACGGACGCAACCUCUCGCAUUGGCUUGGAUACAACCAGGUAGCAUUCAUCCCCGUCCGGAUGCCAACUCCAGAGGAGCGCUUCUUGUGGGUGGAUCUGACCUACCCUAUCCGAGGGAUCUAUCUGCCCUCGGCGUACCACGCGAUGCCGCAGCAGAAGUACCAGGACUGGACGCGAUACGUCCAUCUGAAGUUCUUCCACAACUCGCUGACGCUCAAGACGUAUAAACGGGUGGACCUUACCGACAAAUAUCGCGAGAGCGAAGCCCGGGCCCGAGAGGCGCAGUUAGCGAUCCAAUCUGGCGAGCAGCCGAAGGCGCGGCCACAAGUGGAGACCGUGAAAGAGCCAGACGUCCCCGAGGAAAGCAAUUUAAUCGGAUUUACCCCGGAGUUCACCGUUGGGGAGCUUCACAUCCCAAAGGACAGAGAGUUGGGGCUUGGUUACCGACCAACGUGGACCGCCCGGUUUGACGUCAAGCAGCUGGAGCUAGCCCUCCAUGUGCCAAGCGAGAUGCGCGACGAAAAGUACCUGGACACGUAUCAGUUCAUUACGCUCUUCAACGCACACGAUGUCGACUCUAUCAGGCCCUGGCAAACGACGCAGGCGCGGGUGGGCGAGCUCAGCGACCAGUAUAUCAAGAACGCCGACGUUAUCAACUUGCAAGAGGGCACGGACAUGAAGGAGAGGCCGACCAAAGCCGAUGUGGACUGGCUAAAGGAGGUUGUGAAAAACGUCAUCGGCGUUGGCCUAGGCCUGAUUCCCUAUGUUGGGCCCUUUCUCUCUAUGGGGUAUGACGCCACCAUGGACUACCUUGACAAUCCGGAGGCAUGGGGCGCAAAGAACGAAUUGAAAUUAGGCACCCAAGCAAAGGCCCAGGCAAUCAAGUCUGCCAGUGAUAUUCUCGAGUUUUACCGGAAGGGUAAGGUUCCCCAUAUCAAGUUCAAGUCCCGCUUGGAGGAGGGAGAUGAUCGCCAACCGGUGUACGUGGGUGAGGAUGGGCAGGGCGCUGGGGUAAUACAAGUGCCUCCCACGCAGCCAAAGGAAAGCAAGGCCGAGGAUGAUAACUGGGUGGACAUGGAUGAGGCCUAUUGGGAGGGAAACAUCGAGGUAUUCGACAAGGCCCAGAAGUGA